AUGGCUUAUCUUAUAGAUCUCAAGACCAUCUGUGUUGGUAUGUACUUUCUAUGUACUAUAUAGGUGUAUGAAGUAGAGAUUGUCACUUGUAGUCUUAAAUGAAAACUCUUGCCUCCGUUUAUAGUGGAUUUGGUUUCUGGAUUUAACGCAGCAUCAGUCGGACAUGAUUCCAAGAUCGAUUGGCUUGAGGUAUCUUGUCACUUUUUCUGUUGAAAUAUGAUUGUUUCUGUUUCCAAUGUUUAACUUAAUUCGCAUUGAGCAAGCUUAGAAUUUUUAAAUAAGCAAAAUUAUAUUCUCUUUCUAGUUGAAUGAAACUGGCCGAAAGCUACUUUACCGGGAUAAAAAGUCCAAG